GUCAUUUCUUUUCUCUAGCAGAAUGGGGGUGUCAAACACUGCAGAAGCCACCAGUCCCACUGGCGCAAGUUACUCAGGUGACUCCCUUCUUGGCAGCCUAAGCAGAGGGGUCAGGGCCAAGGAUAGCUUGGGCCUUGGGGGAUGGGGAUCUGUCUCACCCCUGGAGAGGGACCCCCAGGGCCAAGCAAGAGCCCUGCGUCAGCCCAUACUGUGCAUGCUCUGAGGAUAAGUACAGAACCUCAGGCUCAGGGACUGCCACUGCCCAGCAUCUUCCACCAGCUGCUAAUUUGUCUCCAGAGAAAAAUCAGUGUGGUAUUUGUUUAGCUGGCUCUCCUUUCUGGCUCUUCUUCCACAGCUGCCUGUGUGUUGGGCCAGGGAUGGGAUAGCCAGGGGCUGCAGGUUGAGACUGAGGGGCACCAGCAGAGCUGGGGUGCAGUGGGCUGGGGGGAGCCCAUGGCUGGGACAGGGGUUUGGGUUGGAAGUGAGGGGCACCAGCAGAGCUGUUGCGGGAAGGAUGAGAGCUGAGAUGAAAUGUACAGAGAGCAGAUUCCUUUCUGGACUCAUGGAAUGCAUUAAAGACCUUCCCACCCCCCCACACCCCAGAGACUCCAACUGGUAAUGGAUGGGCUAGGAAGCCCCACCUUUCCCUGAUGGCAUCACCAUGGGGGGUGGGGGGGAGUAUAUUAAAGAGGUCCUUUGGCUCCAGGCAGCCCAGAGUAGCCGCAGGGCUCAGGAAGACUCCACUCCUGUUCCCUGUCUUAAAGGGACAGCCCUCCCAAUUAGCCCUGGGCAUCCGUCACCCUCUGGGGUACCCUUGCCUCCUAGUCUCUGGUCCAGGCAUCCCGUCUGCCCUGGGCUGGUGGGCCACGCCCUGCUCCUGAUGCCCAUGCUCUCCUCCAGCAUGAACUGCAUAGCUGAGUUCUUCACCUAUGAGACCACCAAGUCGGUGGUGGUGAAGAGCUGGACUGUUGGCGUGAUCAACCGGGUUGUGCAGCUGCUCAUCAUCUCGUACUUCAUCGGCUGGGUGUUUCUCCAUGAGAAGGCGUACCAGGUGUGGGACACCUCCAUUGAGUCCUCUGUGGUGACUAAGGUCAAGGGCUUCGGCAAAUACACCAACAGGGUCAUGGACACGGCAGACUACAUUACACCCCCACAGGGGACGUCCGUCUUCGUGAUCAUCACUAAGCAGAUUGUCACGGAGAACCAGGUGCAAGGCUUCUGCCCUGAGAGUGAAGUGAAGUACAUCUGUGUGUCUGACAGCGACUGCCAGAGGCCUGUCCCUACUACGGGAGGCGGGAUCCUGACUGGCCGGUGUGUGAACUACAACAGGAGCCUGUGGACCUGUGAGAUUCAGGGCUGGUGUCCGGCUGAGGUGGACACCGUCCAGGCGCCUAUCAUGCUGGAGGCAGAGAAUUUCACCAUCUUCAUUAAGAACAGCAUCCGCUUCCCGCUCUUUGACUUCGAGAAGGGUAACCUGCUGCCCAACCUCACGGCCCAGGACAUCCGGACAUGCCGCUUCCACCCAGUUACCCAGCCCUUCUGCCCCAUCUUGCGCCUGGGCGACAUCGUCCGCUUUGCCGGCCAGGAUUUUGCCAAGCUGGCCUCCACGGGAGGAAUUCUGGGGAUCAAGAUCGGGUGGGUGUGUGACCUGGAUCGCUCGUGGGAGCACUGUGUGCCCAGCUACACCUUCACCCGCCUUGAUAGUGUCUCCGAGAAGAACAACGUCUCUCCCGGCUACAACUUCAGGUAUGCCAAGUACUACAGGCGAGAGAAUGGCACCGAGUACCGGACCCUUAUGAAGGCUUUCGGCAUCCGUUUCGAUGUGCUGGUCUAUGGAAACGCUGGGAAAUUCAACAUCAUCCCAACCCUGAUAAACACCGUGGCAGCCUUCACCUCUGUCGGGGUGGUGAGUGCAACAGUCUCUCCGCCUCCUUCUCCUUCCCCUCCGCCUGCUCCACAGGAGCUGGGGGCACUGUGCUGUGCGACAUCAUCCUCCUCAACUUCCUGAAGGGUGCAGAGCAGUACAAGGCAAAGAAGUUCGAAGAGGUGACGGAUGGGACUCUGUGCCACAGCGCCGUGUACAGGAGCAGCCAGAUGCUGGGAGGCCAGAACAAUGAGAAGUAAUCCACCGACUCGGGGGCCUACUCCAUCGGCCUCUAGUGCCCCUGCCCCUGGCGACUAGACAGUUCCCUAUCCGCCCUCCGUUGCCGUGGGCACCUUGCCCCUGCUUAUUGGCAAGGGCAUCUUUUGUACACUCCCCUCCUGUGAUCCUCUGCUUCUCCCAUAUUCCUCAUCACCAGCCAGAGUCUUCCUCAUAGGCCCCUUCGCCAAGGGGGUGGAAAUCUCUCCUCCGGAACGUCCUCAAGAAAGCAUUGCCAUCUCCCUCAGGAAGCAUGUACCAUUCCCUCCCCAUCGAACCUGGGCAGUGCCAGGGAGCAGGCAUGGCAGGCAGGGGCCAACGUGGUGGCUGCUGGUACCGGCAUCACUCAGUUACCAGCAUGCCUGGCACUGUACAAGAAAUGGGCAGCACUCCUCACCCUGGGGAGCAUGUGCUCCUCAGCAGGGCAUGCUCUCUCCAGGUUUGGCUGGGUGCUGAGAGCUCAGGAGGGCACCCUUGCAACUGAGGGGUGGAUGGGAUCGGUUCCCUUGUCCCAGCAGGGGGCUCUCCUUCCAGUUCAGGCACUCUCUUCAGCACUGAGAGGGGCACCCCAAGGGUGGGAGUGUGGGGUCUCCUUUUGCCAGUGGGGGGGUUCUCUCCCCACCUUCGCCCCUAUUUCCAUCCUGGCAGAUUCCCAGAUUCUGGAGGGGGGAGGAGGAGGAUCAGGCUUCGGAGGGACAGGGCAUCCGGACCCAGGGACAUACUAUUACCCCCCUCCAGUGCUGACUCCAUUCUCCAACGCCAGGGCUUUUUAAUCAAUAAAACUCACUUUCUUGUCAGUGUCCCUCUGGGCUGUGCUGAGGCAGGUGUGCAGGUUGGGGAUCUCUCCAGGGCUUGCUGGGGGACAUGGAGGUGGCAGGCACAUGUAACGGGAGCUUUCUGCUCUGUGUGACCGGUGUUACCAGCACCAUCAAUCAGUGCUGGAUUGACCAG